AAAAAGAACAGGCCUUUUUGAAGAAAUGGCAGUUGAGUUGAAAUGGAUGAAAGGAUGCGACGAUCCACGCUUCCCCAAAUGACAGUUUGAGAGCAAAACACAGGUUCCCAGCCCCAUCUCCGAUUUUGUGAAUGAAAAUUUUAGGGGCAGGGCCAAGGAAUUUGCCUUCUUCCAAAUGAUUCCCAUGCGAGGUGGGAAUCAUGCGAGGUGAUGAGAGGUGGGCAGGGGCCUUCUGGGUUCCUUGAUUUAUCAGGCUUUCCAUGCAGCUGCUUCUCCCAGAGUCGGGUCCCCACGUGUUAGGGCCAUGGGAAGGGGGCAGGGAUGCCAGGGGGUUGGGUGGCAGCUGUCGCCCCAGGAGCCUUCCCAGGCCUUGGCCUGGCAGCUGACCCAGGCGCCGGCGGGCUGCAAGGGGCUCUGCCUGUCGCUGUUCGACUACAAGACCGAAACUGGAGACCUUCCUUGAGGCUUUUACUUUAGAAUCACACUGGUGAAUUUCAGGGUUCCUUCCAAUUCCCGGAGUCUGUGGCUUAGGGAAGGGAGCCUCUUUGGGUGUGAAAGCCAGGGGUAGGGAGAGGAGCAGGACUGCUUGUGGUCAGAUUGCAGGAUGCAGAAAAUAAGCGUGCACAGCUUCUCACCACACAGAGCUCACCCAGGGUCCUGCGUCUAUGGCUGUCAGGAGUUCUUCUAAACCUGCCCCCGCAGGAGGCCCUUCCUCAUCCCACUCCCACUCCUGUUGAAUUCCACAUACUGAGAGGGCUGCAGUCACAGCUGCGUGGAUCAGCCCUGUUUCUUGCGCGUUGGGAACCACUCCAAGCAGUUGGUACAUGCUCACUCUCCAGGCAUAUUUUUAAGAUGCCAGGGUGGGCUGCCUGUGUCACCCCGCCCCCACCCCUACGCCCUCCACCCCCACCCUCAUGCUGCCGGCACUCGGGACCUGCCUGACCACCGACUCCGCCGGAGUGUGGGCUUCUAAACCUGCAGCAGCUGCCGCAGUAGAAAGGCGCAUUAGUCCCAGCAGACACAGAUGGGUGUUCCUGGUAAAGAAGGGUUACCAAGACAUCGACACCUCCCUGCAGAGUGCUGUCAUCACCAAAGUCAAGGGCGUGGCCUUCACCAACACCUCGGAUCUUGGGGAGCGAAUCUGGGAUGUCGCCGACUACGUCAUUCCGGCCCAGGGAGAGAACGUCUUUUUUGUGGUCACCAACCUGAUCGUGACCCCCAACCAGCGGCAGAACGUCUGUGCUGAGGUGCUCCUUCUCUCCCGGCAGAAUGAAGGCAUUCCUGACGGCACAUGCUCCAAGGACAGUGACUGCCACCCUGGGGAGGCGGUUGCAGCUGGAAAUGGAGUGAAGACUGGCCGCUGCCUGCCGAAAGAGAACUCGGCCAGAGGCACCUGUGAGAUCUUUGCCUGGUGCCCGGUGGAGACAAGCUCCAGGCCGGUGGAGCCAGUCCUGAAGGAGGCCGAAGACUUCACCAUUUUCAUAAAGAACCACAUCCGUUUCCCCAAAUUCAACUUCUCCAAGAGCAAUGUGGUGGACGUCAAGGACAGAUCUUUCCUGAAAUCCUGCCACUUUGGCCCCAAGAACCACUACUGCCCCAUCUUCCGACUGGGCUCCGUGAUCCGCUGGGCUGGGAGCGACUUCCAGGAUAUAGCUCUGGAGGGUGGUGUGAUAGGAAUUAAUAUUGAAUGGAACUGUGAUCUCGACAAGGCUGCCUCUGAGUGCCACCCUCACUAUUCUUUUAGCCGUCUGGACAAUAAGCUUUCAAAGUCUGCCUCCUCUGGGUACAACUUCAGAUUUGCCAGAUAUUACCGAGACGCGGCCGGGGUGGAGUUCCGCACCCUGAUGAAAGCCUACGGGAUCCGCUUCGACGUGAUGGUGAACGGCAAGGCAGGGAAGUUCAGUAUCAUCCCCACCAUCAUCAACGUGGGCUCUGGGGUGGCACUCAUGGGCGCUGGGGCUUUCUUCUGCGACCUGGUACUCAUCUACCUCAUCAAAAAGAGAGAGUUUUACCGCGACAGGAAAUACGAGGAAGUAAGGUCAGUUUCUGCUUUCAGGCCGCGGUCCAAGUGCAGGCCUGUGGAGCGCCCCCCUGGCUUUGCACCUUUACCCCGAUGUGAAUAUUGACGGCUGGGGUGGGAGGCAGGGGCUGGAGGGCCCGGGGAGGAGCAGUGUUCUGAGUACAUGCUCUACAGAACCGGAUUCGGCCUCGGCAGCAGUGGGAGGAGAGGGCGCUGUGGGCCACGGGGUGGGAGACGGAGUUCACAGGCUCCGUCUGACUCCGGACAAGUCCCAGGCCUCCUUGGGCCUUGGUUUCUCUAUCUGGGAGAUGAGAGAGCUGGUCUACGAAUCGAAUGGGUGUCUGCAGCACUUUUGUUUUGGGAUUCUUGGACUUGGUGAUGCUGGUGGGCCGGGGCUGAGGGAAGCUGGAGUAGUAAAGGAAAGGA